GUGUUUGUUUACAUACAACAAAAAAACAGCUCUGUCUGUCGUCUAAAAUCGGAGUUGAUGCAUAAAAACAUUGCACAUUAAACGAAGACGCUUUUUAAAAAAUGUCUAUGCAAUGCAGAAUGUGUGCUGAAAAGAUAUUUAAUCCGAAUACCAAAAACCUUUUCGACGACGAUGGCGAUGAAAUCGUAUUAAACAUCCAAAGUUUAACUGGCAUCCUGUUAAGAGAAGACAUUCAUAUGCCUAACUAUAUUUGCGGCUGCUGUCAUUUGGAUUUGUGUCACGCAAUCGCAUUUCGCGAGCGUUGUCUGCAAACGGAGCAGUCGUUUCAGCAGAGGAAACUGGAAAGAAUGAGGCUAACAGUUUCAAACAGAGGCUUCCCAAGGGAGUCUAUGUUAUCAAGUCCUAAAGCAAAAACUUCACAUCGUCUUCAAACACAGAAACAACCAAUACCAAAAGAAAAAUUAUUCACAAAAGAUAAAUACUCUAAAGUAAAUACUCCUGUUGCGGCUACACCAAUGGGUUUAAAGCCCUUGAAUAGUUGGAGCAAUAGUGAGGACAACCUGAGCUCGUCAUGUGAUGAAGUGAACGAUUGGAGUGCCGACGAAGCAAGUUCCGAAGCUCCAGUGCCACAACAAUUGCCCUCAACUGAUGGUGAUGUUGAUGUUAAAGUGAAGCGUACAGAACCAACUGAAAGUGUUGAUAAAACCAAGAAUAAAACGACCAACAUGUCGAGCAUCAAAAAAGAUGAUAAGUUAGACAAAUUCAUCUGCGAAUUAUGCGGUCUCCAAUCGAAUUCAAUCGCCAACCACGAGCUACACAUGAGACGCCAUAGGGGUGAGAAGAAUUUCAAGUGUGAGGAAUGCGGCUCUGAACACUACUCCAAAUAUCUGAUGCGAUUGCAUAUUCGUGUGAAACACAAGGGCGAAAAGCCAUUUGCCUGCAAAUUUUGUGAUGAACGCUUCCACUCGGGCAGCACACGGAUUCGCCAUGAAAGAGUGCGUCAUAUUCGAGAUUGGGCGUUUGAGUGCAAGAUUUGCGGCAAAAAGUAUUUGACCAAGUCGUGUUUGAAUAAACAUAAAUUUUUGCACACAGGUCUGCGUCCUUAUCGCUGUGAUCUGUGCAAUGUGGCCUUUCCUCGAAGACCUGGUUUAAGGAUUCACUGUCGUACAAAGCAGCAUCAGAAGCGAGCCAGCGAAGCGCACAUAAAUCCAAAUGAUGUUCUCAAUGCUGCUCCCACCGUGGUCAGCAAUGACGAGACUAACGUGGCCAACGAAGCAAUUCCGUUUCCAGACUCACUAUUGGCGGAGUUAGAUGUGUAAAACGAAUGAAAACGAAUGUGCU